UCGACACAGCUCCAGUAGCCAUCAGCCAUCAAUCAUUAACAGCAACCACGACCGACGGUCCCCAACAACCAUCGAGACAGCUUUUCUCUGCGCACAGUUAGUCGUCAGAGAGCUGCCAGCAUGGCGCCCACAAAGGACACCAUGUUCCGCUCCGCGGACAUGUCGUUGACGCAGCUCUACAUCGCGAACGAAAUAGGCCGCGAAGUUGUUUCUGCUCUCGGCGAGCUUGGUGUGAUGGAUUUCAGAGAUCUCAACUCCGAGACGUCCGCCUUCCAACGUACCUUCACACAGGAAAUCCGAAGACUCGACAACGUAGAAAGACAACUCAGAUACUUCCACUCGCAGAUGGAUAAGGCUUCUAUCCCGAUGCGCUCGAUCUACGAUUUCAACAACCCAUUCAUCUCUCCUAAGGCCUCUGAGAUCGACGAGCUUGCGGACAAGAGCCAGAGUCUGGAGAACAGGAUCUCGUCUCUGAAUGAGAGCUACGAGACCCUCAAGAAACGCGAGGUCGAAUUGACUGAAUGGCGUUGGGUUCUUAGGGAGGCUGGUGGAUUCUUUGAUAGAGCCCGUGGCCAGACCGAAGAGAUCCGACACUCUCUCGAUAACGACGAUGCUCCUCUUCUUCAAGAUGUGGAACAGAGCGGCCAGGGCGAGGCUGCCGCCGACCGCUCCUUUUCCGUUAUGAACAUCGGCUUUGUAGCAGGUGUCAUCCCUCGUGAACGUAUCGCCGCCUUCGAGCGAAUCUUGUGGAGAACCCUACGUGGCAACUUGUACAUGAACCAGUCCGAAAUUCCCGAGGCCAUCAUCAAUCCCGAAACCAAUGAGGAAGUCAGCAAGAACGUGUUCAUCAUCUUCGCUCACGGCAAAGAAAUCAUCGCAAAGAUCCGCAAGAUCUCAGAGUCACUCGGCGCCGAUCUGUACAGUGUGGAUGAGAACAGCGAGCUUCGCCGCGAUCAGAUCCGCGAGGUCAACACAAGAUUGAGCGAUCUCGCUAGUGUUCUCAAGAAUACCAAGUCCACUUUGGAUGCGGAAUUGACUGCAAUUGGCCGUAGCCUUGCAGCCUGGAUGGUCAUCAUUAAGAAAGAGAAGGCAACAUAUCAGACCCUGAACAAAUUCUCCUACGAUCAUCAAAGGAAGACGCUCAUUGCAGAGGCUUGGGCUCCUACGAACUACCUCGGUUUGAUCAAGUCAACUCUCCGAGAUGUCAAUGACCAGGCCGGUCUCUCGGUUCCGACUAUCGUCAACCAGAUCAAGACCACCAAGACACCACCAACCUACUUCAAGACCAACCGCUUCACGCUGGCUUUCCAGACCAUCAUCGACGCUUAUGGCACGAUCAAGUAUCGCGAAGUUAACCCGGCGUUGCCUACUAUCGUCACUUUUCCCUUCCUGUUUGCGGUCAUGUUUGGUGAUUUCGGCCAUGGUAUUAUCCUCCUGACUGCAGCUCUUGCUAUGAUUUACUACGAACGCAAGCUUCAACGAAGCAAGCUCGAUGAAUUGUUCUCCAUGAUCUUUUACGGACGUUACAUCGUAUUCAUGAUGGGAAUCUUUUCGAUGUACACUGGUCUUUUGUAUUGCGAUGCCUUCUCCAAGGAACUCCCCAUCUUCAAAUCUAUGUGGAAGUGGACCGAGAACGACGACGGAUCAUUGGGCCCUACUGCCACUCGAGUUGAGGGCUACACCUACCCAUUCGGUCUCGACUGGAGAUGGCAUGAUACCGACAAUGACCUUCUCUUCUCCAACAGUUACAAGAUGAAGCUCAGUAUUCUCUUGGGUUGGUGCCACAUGACCUUCUCCCUUGGCUGGUCAUUGGUCAAUGCGCUGUACUUCUCUACUCCCAUUGAUAUUUGGGGUAACUUCGUUCCUGGCAUGAUCUUCUUCCAGUCCAUCUUCGGUUACUUGUCAUUCACCAUCGUAUACAAGUGGUGUGUUGACUGGGCCGCUCGCGGUCAGAACCCUCCUAGCUUGUUGAACAUGUUGAUCUACAUGUUCUUGCAGCCAGGCACUUUGGAGAACCCAGAUCAGCCAUUGUACAAAGGACAGGCAGGAAUCCAGGUCGUCCUCCUGCUUCUCGCCGUUAUCUGCGUUCCUAUCCUGCUUUUCUUGAAGCCUUUCUAUCUUCGAUACGAGCACAACAAGGCUCGGGCUUUGGGAUACCGUGGCAUUGGCGAGAACACUCGUGUUAGCGCGCUGGAUGACGACGAUGAAGAAGGACAAAACCUCAACGGCGGACGGGAGAGCUUUGGUGACGAUGACGAUGGCAUCGCAAUGAUCACACAGGACAUUGGACACGGCGGGGAGCACGAAGAGUUUGAGUUUAGUGAGGUCAUGAUUCAUCAAGUCAUCCACACUAUUGAAUUCUGUCUCAACUGCGUGUCUCACACCGCCUCGUACCUACGUCUUUGGGCUUUGUCAUUGGCACAUCAGCGUCUUUCUAUUGUCCUGUGGGAGAUGACCAUGAAGAUUGCAUUUGGAUUCACUGGAAUUACUGGUGCGAUCAUCAUGGUAGUCGUCUUCUACAUGUGGUUCGCUCUCACAGUCGCCGUUCUCUGUGUCAUGGAGGGUACUAGCGCCAUGUUGCACUCUCUGCGUCUGCACUGGGUCGAGGCCAUGAGCAAGCAUUUCAUCGGAGACGGUGUCCCCUUCGAGCCAUUCAGCUUCAAGGUCUUGCUCGAGGAAGAGCCUGUCGAGUAAACAAUAGCGAACGUUUAUAGGCGUUGCGAUUUUUCUUUUGUAUUGUAAAGGGUUCUGUUUUGUAACAAUAGGUACCUAAACAAACGACCCCUGCUCCCAAGCGGUCCCUCACACGCAUAGCUCUCACAUUUUGGGCACCGUUUCUAGUGUGUUUUUUGUUUUUUUCCUCCUGGAAGCUGGUAUGUAGCUGUUAUGUAUAUAGAAAUGUACAACAUCAAGUACUACAAUAGUAACGC